AUGGCUCUCCCGCCUACCUUGUCUCCCGAUUCCCUGGAUGCUCUGACUGAGCUAACAACCCUCCUCAGCCGCCUUCGAGCCACGAUCCAGACCUCGAGCGGCCCAAGUGGCAUUCCUGGGAGCACGCCCGUCGCCGGCGCAACUCCCAACAUCUCCGCUGCGAGCCCUACCGGGGGCAGUCUCUCGCUAAAAGACGUGCCGACGGCGACAGAUCAUCUCAAGCAUAAAUUGCAAAAAUCACGAGUGCAGGUCCGGGGUCUCCCCGACAUGGAUCGCACGAUACCAGAGCUUGAAGAGGAGAUUGCGGAAUUGGAAAACAAGAUACAAAUGCAGCGCGAAGUGCUCCAAAGACUCAAACAAAGAGGGGCGCAAUUCACGACGGAAGAGUCCUCAACAACGGAGAUGAAGAGUUGA